GCCUCCCGAUCCCGCACCCUCCCCUCCCCCAGCCUCCUGCCUUGUGACACAUCCCGGGUCCUCCCGGAGGCGGCAGCAGCAGCAGCGGCGGCGGCAGCACUAGCCACCACCUCCGCGGGAGCCGCAGCCCCCGGCUCAGCCUCCCCCCGGCCCCGCCGCUGCUGCAGCAGUCAUGGCUGCGGAUGGGGUGGACGAACGCUCGCCUCUGCUGUCAGCAUCCCACUCGGGAAAUGUUACCCCUACGGCCCCGCCGUACUUACAGGAAAGCAGCCCCAGAGCGGAACUCCCACCUCCGUAUACAGCCAUUGCCAGUCCCGAUGCCAGUGGUAUUCCAGUAAUAAACUGCCGCGUGUGCCAAUCUCUCAUCAACUUGGAUGGCAAGCUUCACCAGCAUGUGGUUAAGUGCACGGUUUGCAAUGAAGCUACGCCAAUCAAAAACCCCCCAACAGGGAAGAAAUAUGUUAGAUGCCCUUGUAAUUGUCUCCUCAUUUGUAAGGACACAUCUCGGCGAAUAGGAUGUCCGAGACCUAACUGUAGACGCAUAAUUAACCUUAGCCCAGUAAUGCUUAUAUCUGAAGAACAGCCAGCCCAACCUGCAUUGCCAGUCCAGCCAGAAGGUACAAGGGUCGUGUGUGGGCAUUGUGGAAACACAUUCCUGUGGAUGGAACUGCGGUUCAACACUCUGGCAAAAUGCCCACACUGCAAAAAAAUUUCCUCGGUGGGUAGUGCACUUCCACGAAGACGCUGCUGUGCAUAUAUUACCAUCGGAAUGAUAUGUAUUUUCAUUGGAGUUGGAUUAACUGUUGGCACCCAAGAUUUUGCGAGGCGAUUUCAUGCAACCUAUGUUUCUUGGGCAAUUGCUUAUCUCUUAGGGUUGAUCUGCCUUAUCCGAGCUUGUUACUGGGGAGCCAUAAGAGUGAGUUACCCAGAACACAGUUUUGCAUAAGCUUAUAGUUCAGUGAUGCAGGUGAGAGUAUCUAGCAGUUCUUGAUAAGCUACUCUGGACAUCUUUGAAUCAUUCAUCCUAAUGGAUUCCAUUCUGGUUUCUGUAUAAAGUUUCAAGACUUUGGGAGUAUUUUAUGAACAAAUGCUCAUUGCACUACAUUAUAUGCAAAUAGUUUGUUCUGCUGCUAGGUUUUCAAGCUCUGAAUAAUAAACUGUGUCUUCAUGUCCUUUUACAUCUUUUAAAGAUAUUUUUGGAUUUGUCACCAAACAUUACAUAUAACAUCGCCCUUCCAUCAUUUUUAAAUCAGUUAUUCCAUUACUUGCUGAUCUGUGAGUAUUCCCAAGGAGUGUUUAUAAAUGUUUCUACAAUAGCUUCACAUUUAUACUCACAUUUUAAUUAAAUAGUAUCAAAAUUGCUUGCUUUAAAAUCUAAGCAAUAUGCAUUUUGCUUGAACUGCUUACUGUAACUUUAACCUAAGAUCAUAGUGACCUUAUUCAGGAAAAAAAAAUUGAGUGUACCUUCAAAGACUUGACAUUCUUGUCAGAUAAAAACCAUUUCUAGAUA